AAUCUGCUGAUGGUGCGAGACACUCGAGAAUAUGACCUGAGGUUACGUCACAGAAUAAAUAACACACAAGAUGAUCCAGUUUGUAGAGUAAAAUAUGGCAGGAUAAAGGAAUGUGAUCUUUAUAAUAACAGAACUGAAGUGAACAUCAUUAAUGGGACUGUGAUAAUAAAGCGUGUGAUCAGAGCAGAUUCUGGGAAUUACAGAUUAAGACUCGUUGACUCAGACGGCACAGAAACAUCUAGAGAUCUUCAAGUGAUUGUUGAAGCUCCUAUUGGCUCAGUGGAAGUGUCAAUCAUCUGCUCCUCCAGUGGGGUGAUGAGGGUGUUCUGCUCCUCUGAGGGGGAUCAGCUCCUCUACAGCUGGACUCUGAAUGGAGAUCCACUGAUGGAUGGAAACAGCAGCAUUGAUCUGGAUGAGGGAACUGAUGGAGACAUCAGCUGCAGCAUGAAGAAUCACGUCAGUCACACACAGAAGACCAUUAGACUAGUCUGUCCUACUGGACCAACUACUGCAGCUGUGACCUCUAGUUUGACCUCUACGUCGACACAGACAUCAGAAUAUGAUACGAGUUUCUCAUCAGCUGGUAUGAAUGUCACCUACACAUCUGCAUUUUCUUCCAGGAUGUGUCUGGAAGUACAAUGCAGUUUUAAUCAGUCUGAACCCUGUUACGCAGCUCUGGAACACAAACUCAAUCUGCUGAUGGAGCGGGACACUCGAGAAUAUGAGCUGAAGAUAAUAAAGAGAAUAAACAACACACACGAUGAUCCAAUUUGUAGAGUAAAGAAUGGCAGGAUAAGGGAAUGUGAUCUUUAUAAUAACAGACCUGAAGUGAACGUCAUUAAUGGGACUGUGAUAAUAAAGCGUGUGAUCAGAGCAGAUUCUGGGAAUUACAGAUUAACACUCACUGACUCAGACGGCACAGACACAUCUAGAGAUCUUCAAGUGAUUGUUGAAGCUCCUGUUGGCUCAGUGGAAGUGUCAAUCAUCUGCUCCUCCAGUGGGGUGAUGAGGGUGUUCUGCUCCUCUGAGGGGGAUCAGCUCCUCUACAGCUGGACUCUGAAUGGAGAUCCACUGAUGGAUGGAAACAGCAGCAUUGAUCUGGAUGAGGGAACUGAUGGAGACAUCAGCUGCAGCGUGAAGAACCACGUCAGUCACACACAGAAGAACAUUAGACUACUCUGUCCUACUGGACCAACUACUGCAGCUGUGACCUCUAGUUUGACCUCUACGUCGACACAGACAUCAGAAUAUGAUACGAGUUUCUCAUCAGCUGUUUUAGAAUUCUCUCUGAUUGCUUUGGGCUGCGUUGCUCUGAUCCUGAUUCUGCUGUUCAUCACCAUAUGUUACGUUUACAAGAAGAAGCAGCUCAAGUCAACACAAGCCGCUGCUGGAGAUACAGAGCUCAUAUACGCUGAUAUCUCUCAUGAGAAAAAGAGUGAAAAGAAGAAUACAGAAUAUUUCCCUGAUGCUGAUGUGGAAUACUCCGCGGUCCAACUGCAGACAGAGAAGGGAAGAGGAGAAGGCAGAGGAGGAAAAGGAGGAGAAGGAGGAGGUGGAAGAGAAGGAGAAGGAGGAGGAAGAUAA